GUCUCUCCGCGCGUGCGGACCCGGUGGCUCGAGCUCAUGGACUAGUCGUCGGACUGAGACCGGGCGGAGCAUGGCUGCCAAAGAGGACCUCUACAGUAAAAUCCUGCCUCGGAGGCUGAGACAGAACCGCUCUGGCACGGUGAAAUGCGGCUCCAGUCUGGACGUUCUGUUGUCCAUGGGCUUCCCCAGACCGAGGGCACUGAAAGCUCUGGUAUCAACAGGAGGACGCAGUGUCCAAGCAGCAUGUGACUGGUUGUUUUCCCACAUUGACGACCCAUUUCUGGAUGACCCCCUGCCCAGGGAAUUUGUGCUCUACCUGCGACCCAGUGGACCACUGCAGAACCAGCUAUCCCACUUCUGGCAACAGAGUCGGGUCACGUGUGGCAAAAACAAAGCUCACAAUAUCUUUCCCCACAUCACCCUCUGCCAGUUCUUCAUGUGUGCAGACCAUAAAGUAGAGUCUCUAUGUGAGGCUCUCCAAACCACUGUAAUGCAGUGGAAGGGACGAUUUCCCAGCCCGCUGCCCCUGGAGCUCUACACUUCAUCUAACUUCAUUGGGUUAUUCGUGGAGGAGCAGGUUGCUGAUGUCCUCAAGCAGUUUGCGGCUGAUUUUGCCACAGAGGCCACCAGGAAGGCAGAGGUUCACGUGGAGCCUCAUAGGAAGCAGCUCCAUGUUACUCUGGCCUAUAACUUUCCCACCAAUCACCUCCCAUCGCUGGAGAAACUCGCCAAAGGCAUUGAAGUCAAGUUGGGUUGUGAUUGGCUGGCUGUCCUGUUCUCACGGGACAUUCGUUUUGCCAACCAUGAGACGCUGCGGGUGGUGUAUCCCUACACACCACAGAAUGACGAUGAGCUGGAGCUGGUUCCUGGGGAUUUUGUCUUCAUGUCACAAGUGGACCAGAGUAGUUCCAGUGAGGGCUGGGUGUAUGGGACCUCGCUGGCUACUGGACUCUCAGGCCUGCUCCCUGAGAACUAUGUCAGCUUGGCAGAUGAAUCAGACACCUGGGUAUUUCAUGGAUCCCAUUCAUUCUUCAGCUGUGGCCCUUCUGACAAAUCCAGCAGGGACAGAGGGAUGUUUGAUGGACUACUGGACAGUCGGAGUCCUGGAGACACGCCCGCUUUAAGUCUGAUUUGUCAUCCAAUGCAGCAGGUCCUGCGGAUCAGCGGUACUCACUCUCGGCAGCCUAAGCGGACUCUUUUUGUCUGUCGGCAUGGUGAGAGGAUGGAUGUGGUCUUUGGUAAACACUGGCUCUCCCUCUGUUCAGACGGAAAAGGUAAAUAUGUGCGGUCCAAUUUAAACAUGCCUCCCAGCUUGCCGCUGUGGGGAGGACAAAGAGAUUAUGACAUGGAUGCUCCCAUCACUGUGUUUGGAGCCACACAAGCUCGGCUUGUAGGUGAGGCGCUACUAGAGAGCAACACAAUGAUAGACUUUCUGUACUGCUCUCCAUCUCUGCGGUGUAUUCAGACAGCACAGAACAUCCUGAAAGGUAUGCAGCAGGAAGGCAAGCUGAAGAUACGUGUGGAACCUGGUCUUUUUGAAUGGACCAAGUGGGUUUCUGGGAAUUCGUUACCUGCGUGGAUACCUCCCACUGAUCUGGCUACAGCUCACUUCAGUGUGGACACAACAUACAGACCUCUGAUCCCAGUGAGCAAGCUCACUGUGUCUGAAUCCUACGAGAACUACAUGAGCCGGAGCUACCAAGUAACCAAAGAUAUCCUGUCAGACUGUAAAAACACUGGAAACAAUGUUCUGAUUGUAGCCCACGCUUCUUCCUUAGAGGCCUGCACCCGCCAGCUGCAGGGUCGCAGCCCACAGAGCGCCAAGGACUUCAUCCAAGUAGUCCGAAAGAUCCCUUACCUGGGCUUCUGCUCCUCUGAGGAACAGGGAGACACGGGGGUGUGGCAGUUAGUGGACCCUCCCAUCCUCCCUCUCACACACGGACCAAACCACACCUUCGAAUGGAGGGAGACGCUGCUACAAGAAUGACGUCUGCCUGAGCCGACACACUCCACCUGAUCUGACUGUACUUCCACAGCGUGCAGUAACUGACCUUCUUUACACAGCUGGUGGAUGAGCAGCAGUGCAUGAAGGAUCUCAGAAGUCUGAAGUGCAGAAGCUAGUAAAUGAUUGGAUUGCGAUCCUGUGAGACUUGGUUCAGCAAUAAUGUAGGAAAUGUCUACACUCACAUUUGAUGAAGUAUUGGUUUUUGCAACAGCGGCGGGCAGUGAUGGCUGUGUGUUUAUGCCAGUGUGGGAAUAUUAUAAUGGAAUCAAGCAGCAUGGUUAAUAUUGUACUCCAUAUUAUUAGCUCUACAUGUAAUCAUCCCCGUCUCAGGACAUUUUGUGAAUUCAGCAUCGUGUAUGACACAGAAAGUGUGGUGUGUAUUGUUUAGAAAUGUUAUUUUUUGUAAGAAAACCACAGGUAGAGCAGUCAUCUAUGUUUUGGACUUUGCUUGGCAGAUACGUUCAGGUAAGAUGCCUCAGGAUCAAUCCCUCUUUUUUUUUUUUUUUUUUUUGACCUGAAACUUUUCAUAUUUCAAAUAUUUUAAGUUGCCAAGUCUUGAACAGAGUUUUACAUGGCUUUUCCUAUAUUUAUCAGACAUGCAGUGCUGCAAUAUCAAGAAAGCAAACAAGAGAAAGAAUUUCUGAUGCAUGAAUGGAUUAAUGCCAAUCCAUUAGAGUGCACAGCAGUCACCAAAGGUUGGUGUGG